AUGCACUACGUUUGGGUUCUUUCGGCUCUUGCCGCUUCUUGCAGUUCUGCAAAUGCCACUCCUUUCGCCAUCCAAAAGAGAGCUGUCUCGUCCAGCGGUGGGAGCGUUUUGUAUUCCAACCAGACUAGCUCCGGUUCCAUUCUUUCCACCGGCUCUGUUCUAUUCCCAAACAGCUCUACCGUGCAAACUGGGUCUAGUGUAAGUGCUACCAUCACGGCUGGUGCUGGAUCUGGAUCUGGUUCUGGUGCUGCCAGCUCUGGUGCUGCUGCUGGUUCCACUGUCUCUGGUUCUGGUUCUGGUGCUGCCAGCUCUGGUGCCAUUAGCUCUACUGCAUCUGGUGCUGCCAGCUCUGGUGCUGCUGGCUCCAGUGCUGCUGGUUCUGGUUCUACUGCCUCUGGUGCCAUUAGCUCUACUGCAUCUGGUGCUGCCAGCUCUGGUGCUGCUGCUGGUUCCACUGUCUCUGGUUCUGGUUCUGCUGCCUCUACUGCCUCUGGUGCUGCUGGUUCCACUGUCUCUGGUUCUGGUUCUGCUGCCUCUACUGCCUCUGGUGCUGCUGGUUCCACUGUCUCUGGUUCUGGUUCUGGUUCUGCCAGCUCUGGUGCCAUUAGCUCUGCUGCCUCUACUGCCUCUGGUUCUGCUGCCUCUACUGCAUCUGGUGCUGCCUCUGGUGCUGUUACUUCCGGUGCUGCUGGUUCUAGCGCCGCUGCUUCUGGUGCCAUUAGCUCUGCUGCCUCCGGUGCUAACUCCUACACUGAAAGUGUUGUCACCGUCACUUCCAAUGGCGUCAAGACCGUCUACACCACUACCUGCCCAAUCAGCCAAGCUACUUCCCAAGCUUCUACCGCUUACACUGAGAAGGUUGUUACCGUCACUGAGUCUGGUGUUGUGACUUCUUACACCACCACUUGCCCUCUAUCUGAGGUCGCCAAACCAACUACCACCUCUGCUGCCGCUGGUACCACCGGCUACACCGAAAAGGUUGUUACCGUCACUGAGUCUGGUGUUGUGACUUCUUACACCACCACUUGCCCUCUAUCUGAGGUCGCCAAACCAACUACCACCUCUGCUGCCGCUGGUACCACCGGCUACACCGAAAAGGUUGUUACCGUCACUGAGUCUGGUGUUGUGACUUCUUACACCACCACUUGCCCUCUAUCUGAGAUCGUCAAGUCUACAACUGCUACCCCAGCUACCCCAGCCACUGGCUCUUCAGCUGCUACUCCAGCUACCCCAGCCACUGGCUCUUCAGCUGCUACUCCAGCUACCCCAGCCACUGGCUCUUCAGCUGCUACUCCAGCUACCCCAGCCACUGGCUCUUCAGCUGCUACUCCAGCUACCCCAGCCACUGGCUCUUCAGCUGCUACUCCAGCUACCCCAGCUACCGGUUCCUCAGCUGCUACCCCAGCUACCCCAGCUACCGGUUCUUCAGUCGCUUCUUCGAGCUCCUCUACUAAAGCUGCUGCUACAACCGCUGCCAUUUCCACGUACGAGGGCUCUGCCAAUUAUGUGAGAGCUGGUCUCCUAUUGGCCGUUCCAUUGGCCUUGUUGUAA